AGAUCACUCAUUCACAUCCAAAGCUUCACUGACACUUCAAUAUGGACAAUCCAGUCACUUAUGAGGAACUGAAGACUCUUCUGGCCAACAGCAAAAACCUGAUUCUGAUUGACGUUCGUGAGAAAAACGAGGUGGACCAAGGAUGCAUCCCCAGAUCCACCCACAUUGCCCUUGGGACUGUUGAGGCUGCUUUUAAAAUGAAUCCAGCAGACUUCCAGGCCACAUAUGGGAUUCCCAAACCUGCAGUGGAUGCACCUGAGCUGGUGUUCUACUGCCGAUCAGGAAAGCGAUCAGCAGAGGCCAUCAGCAAAGUCAAACAACUUGGAUAUGUGACAGCACGCAAUUACACCGGCUCCUACCUUGACUGGGAAAAGAGGGAGGGAUGAAUAAUGAGGAAGAGCCUCACCCUGAGCACUAUAUUUAUAUAAUAAUAUAAGACCUGAAAAAAUGUUGGAAGAGAUUUUUUUUUAUGAAUAAUUUGA